UUUGGGGGGUUUUGUGGUCUGAAAUCACAGCAUGAAGAAAGGGUCCGGCCUUUUUUUCUUCUCCUAUUUGUGUGGAUUAAUUCGUUUGAAGCUGACUAGACUGUUUAGUCUGCCGUUAUUCUUUGUGAAAGAUUGACCUGAGCAGCAGUUAUGGCAAAUACAUCCUCCAUCUUCUUGAUGACUUUUCUUGUUGUAGUAAUGGCACAAGGACAGAAACAGCAGAAAGAUGACCAUAACAAUACAGGCGGCAUAAGGCCAAGAACUUUCCAGGGUUAUGCCAUCCCCAUUCAGCUUCCUCUUCUACCAAAUUCAACAGAAAUGCAAACACGCUCCAUUGGAGUUGCUGUUCAAGACCUUGCAUUGUUGACCAACAGCAGUGCCUUGUAUCUCAGGAGCUCACUGAGCACACGAGCCAUCCCGUCAAUCUAUGUGGUUUCGAUUGUCAUCGGCGUCCCUGCCAACAUUGCCAUUUUGGUCUCAAUUGGCACCAAAGUACGUAUGGUAUCUGCAGCCAUCUUGUGCUGCAGCCUGGCAGCUUCAGACCUUCUUCUUUUGCUUAGCCUGCUGCUCAAAGCGCAUUACCACUUUUCAGGCAACAACUGGACAUUUGGCGAGGCUGCAUGCCGUCUCACCACUGCCUGUUUUUAUGGCAACUUAUAUUGCUCCGCACACACGCUAGCAUGCAUGAGUAUCAAGCGCUACCUAGCUGUGGUGCACCCCUUCUUUUACAAACGCCUUCCCAAGCGCUCCAGCACGGCCUGGUCCUGUCUAGGUGUGUGGAUUGUGUUUUCAUUGGCAAUGUUGCCCAGUCUUCUAGUCCAUCAGAGCUACCAUAUCCCUCAGCUGGGAAUCACCACGUGCCAUGAUGUCCUUCCUUUAGAUGCUAGUACUCACAAUUUCUUGGUGUACUAUAACAUAGGGUUAACAUUAUUUGGCUUCCUUCUUCCCUUGCUUGUGACUGCAGCAUGUUUUGGCUCAAUUGUAUGGCAUUUGAACCGUUCACACCAUGACUGGAGCCUCUACAUCAAGGCCAGCACACUGGUAUUUCUCAUCUUUGUCAUGUGUUUCAGCCCAAGCAGCUGCAUACACUUCCUACACUAUCUACACAUAUACACGAGCGGAGAUGACAACUUCUACACCUACUUUAAUGUGGUCGUCUGCCUCUGCUGCCUCCACUGCUGUAUGGACCCAUUUCUGUUCAUGCUUGUGUCUAGGACAACAGGCUCCAGGCUUUACUUUAUGUCUCACAAAGGAAAGAUGCUCAGCAUUUCCACUUAAAUUUGGACAUUUGUCAAUAUUAAUACCACUGUAAAAAAUCUACAAAUGCACACUGAAUUUUGGAGGAAAGUGCAAAGAAUCUUUUUUCAAAAUAGGGGCCGAUUUCUGGAACAGAAAAAAUGAAACCAGUUAGAUUCAUUCCAUGUCAAUACCACAACAGUAUCCUUGACGUUUUUUGGAUAAUUAUUUCUUUAUUACUCUUUCAAAUAUCACACUCGGCGUGAGAAAAUGUCUGCUAAUCCUAGAUAAAACAGAUGUGAUGUGUAUUUGCCACUAAACAAAUUUGUAUAUAGGAGAAGAAUCAGUUUGAGUUUAGGAUUGUUGUUUUUUUUUUCUUAUCACUGCACAGCAAUAGCAAAGUGGAAUUAGCAUUCAGAUCUGGUGUGCAAAGGCUCAGCUAUUUGGUUUCAAACUGUUAUCCAUUAUACAUGAACAAAACAUUGAGUGCCAUUCGAAUAGCUAGGACUAUAAAGGGAACAUUGUACUACUGUGAUGUAUGUGUGUGUGUGUGUGUGUGUGUGUGUGUGUGUGUGUGUGUGUGUGUGUGUGUGUGAACUUGGGAAGUGUGGGCGAGAAAGUUUUAAAAUGUUCACGAUCGUCAAGAAGGGGAAACCUGAAUGUAAAUAACAUUUGUUGUAGACAAACUACACAUUUGAAUUAUUUGUGUUGUUAUAUAACCAUUCCUUUGCCACAUAAAAUAAAUGCAUAUCAAUCUUAGCAAGUUAAAGACUGUGUAUAUUUAUUGAUAUUAUUAAUGUUUCAUGUGAUCCCAACAUGCCUGUGCAUCUCUAAUAUUUCCUUUUGGUUUAAUUAGUAAUGAAAAGAACGUCUCUCAUUCUCUCUCCUUCUGUCUCUGUGUCUCUGGAUAUUUUUAGUCACCGAUAACCCAAAGUAUAUUUUGACUUUAAUGACCUUUAAUCUUGUGUUCUUUUUUGUCCUCUGUUCUUCCUGUGGGUUUAUGUUUUUCUUCUUCUUCUUCUUCUUCUUCUUCUUGUUUUCCUUUCUGUUUCUCUGCAGGGUCUGAGUUCAGGGCCAGGAAUCUUGUGUAAG